AUGAGCAAACCAUGGACAUUGUCGCUGGUUAGUCUCAAGAGGCUGGUGCUAAGCGAGAUCGGCUUUGAAGACCUUGCUCUGCUCCUAGCCUGCUGCCCAGAACUACGGGAGCUGGAACUGACGGCUGUCAACAUCCAUCGAACGGCGGGUAUCGACUACUGGGAUGUCUCCAAACUGUUGCAAACUUUGGUUCCCGUACGACAUCAACUUCGGAAGCUCCGCCUCACCCACUCCCCGAGCCAACGGUCUGGCGCGGAACAGAGACAGUGGACGGAUGAUACAUCCCUGUCAUUUCGAGACUUUGUCCAGCUUGAAGAGUUGGCUUUCGACCAGACCAUAAUCGAGUACCACACGAAGGCUACGGCUUUUGACGGUGAGGCACCCCUGGGGUGCACAGUAUCCGAUAUUUUGCCAACAUCACUGCAAAAGCUACAGCUUUUGCACGUCAAGAAAGAAUCUCUGAAGGAUCUGAAGCACCUUUCCGAAAAUGCCAGCUAUCAAUUACCGUCUCUGAAACUCAUCCAUAUCAGUUUCGCAGACGGCAUAGACAAGAGAGAUGUCGGGUACAAACGCAUAGAUGACAUCACGGUGGCGUUGCAAUCGGCUGGCAUGAGCGUGCUCUGGGACACGAACCAUGUCAGCGAAAAGCCGUUAGAACCUAUUCCAGGCGGCGUGACUGCACUUACGUCGAUCCAAGUAUCUUUAGCAACGGCGGGUAUCGAUAAAUUAGCCUUGUAA